AUGUCCCGGAAGGGGCCGCGAGCGGAGGUGUGUGCGGACUGCAGCGCCCCGGACCCCGGCUGGGCCUCCAUCAGCAGGGGCGUGCUGGUGUGUGACGAGUGCUGCAGCGUGCACCGGAGCCUGGGACGCCACAUCUCCAUCGUCAAGCACCUCCGCCACAGCGCCUGGCCCCCCACCCUGCUGCAGAUGGUGCACACGCUCGCCAGCAACGGGGCCAACUCCAUCUGGGAGCAUUCCCUGCUGGACCCUGCGCAGGUGCAGAGCGGCCGGCGUAAAGCCAACCCCCAAGACAAAGUCCACCCCAUCAAGUCUGAAUUCAUCAGGGCCAAGUACCAGAUGCUGGCUUUUGUACACAAGCUGCCCUGCCGGGACGACGACGGAGUCACCGCCAAAGACCUCAGCAAGCAACUGCACUCAAGCGUGCGAACAGGCAACCUGGAGACAUGUCUGCGCCUGCUGUCCCUGGGUGCCCAGGCCAACUUCUUCCACCCAGAGAAGGGCACCACACCUCUGCAUGUGGCUGCCAAGGCAGGUCAGACGCUGCAGGCUGAGCUGCUCGUGGUGUAUGGGGCUGACCCUGGCUCCCCAGAUGUUAACGGCCGUACACCCAUUGAUUAUGCCAGGCAGGCGGGGCACCAUGAGCUGGCGGAACGGCUAGUCGAGUGCCAGUACGAGCUCACUGACCGGCUGGCCUUCUAUCUCUGUGGACGCAAGCCGGAUCACAAGAAUGGGCAUUACAUCAUCCCACAGAUGGCAGACAGAUCUCGGCAAAAGUGCAUGUCUCAGAGCCUGGACCUGUCCGAGUUGGCCAAAGCUGCCAAGAAGAAGCUGCAGGCGCUCAGCAACCGGCUUUUUGAGGAACUGGCCAUGGACGUGUACGACGAGGUGGAUCGAAGGGAAAAUGACGCUGUAUGGCUGGCGACCCAGAACCACAGCACCCUGGUGACGGAGCGCAGCGCCGUGCCCUUCCUGCCCGUGAACCCCGAGUACUCAGCCACGCGGAAUCAGGGGCGACAGAAGCUGGCCCGUUUUAACGCCCGCGAGUUCGCCACCUUGAUCAUCGACAUCCUCAGCGAGGCCAAGCGGAGACAGCAGGGCAGGAGCCUGGGCAGCCCCACAGACAACCUCGAGCUGUCCGCGCGGGGCCAGAGCGACCUGGACGACCAGCACGACUACGACAGCGUGGCCUCGGACGAGGACACAGACCAGGAGCCCCUGCGCAGCGCCGGCGCCACGCGGAACAACCGAGCGCGGAGCAUGGACUCCUCGGACCUGUCGGACGGGGCCGUGACGCUGCAGGAGUACCUGGAGCUGAAGAAGGCCCUGGCCGCCUCUGAGGCCAAGGUGCAGCAGCUCAUGAAGGUCAACAGCAGCCUGAGUGACGAGCUACGGAGGCUGCAGAGGGAGAUCCACAAGCUGCAGGCCGAGAACCUGCAGAUCCGGCAGCCGCCAGGGCCAGUGCCCACACCCCCUCUCCCCAGCGAGCGAGCUGAGCACGCGCCCGUGGGACCUGGCGGGAGCACCCACCGCAGGGACCGCCAGGCCUUUUCCAUGUAUGAACCAGGCUCCGCCCUGAAGCCCUUUGGGGGCCCGCCUGGGGACGAGCUCGCCACCCGGCUCCAGCCUUUCCACAGCACCGAGCUGGAGGACGACGCCAUCUAUUCAGUGCACAUCCCUGCCGGCUUUUACCGGAUCCGGAAGGGGGUGUCGGCCUCAGCUGUGCCCUUCACUCCCUCCUCCCCACUGCUGCCGUGCUCCCAGGAAGGAGGCCGCCACACGAGCAAGCUCUCCCGCCACGGCAGCGGCGCAGACAGUGACUAUGAGAACACGCAGAGUGGGGACGCGCUGCUGGGCCUGGAAGGGAAGAGGUUUCUGGAGCUGGGCAAGGAAGAGGACUUUCACCCGGAGUUGGAAAGCCUGGAUGGCGACCUUGACCCCGGGCUUCCCAGCACGGAGGAUGUCAUCUUGAAGACGGAGCAGGUCACCAAGAACAUUCAGGAGCUGCUGCGGGCUGCCCAGGAGUUCAAGCACGACAGCUUCGUGCCCUGCUCAGAGAAGAUCCAUCUGGCUGUGACUGAGAUGGCCUCUCUCUUCCCAAAGAGGCCUGCCCUGGAGCCCGUGCGAAGCUCGCUACGGCUGCUCAACGCCAGCGCCUACCGGCUGCAGAGCGAGUGUCGGAAGACAGUGCCCCCAGAGCCCGGCGCCCCUGUGGACUUCCAGCUGCUGACUCAACAGGUGAUCCAGUGCGCCUACGACAUUGCCAAGGCUGCCAAGCAGCUGGUCACCAUCACCACCCGUGAGAAGAAGCAGUGA